AUGUCUUGGGACGAUUUCACCAUAGACUACGGCCGGAAUACUUCAAGUUGCUGUCAGGAAGAAGACCAGGGAAAGCCUUACGACAGUCCCUCGUUUCCUCAGUUCCCCAUGCUCCCGCCAGAGCUUCGAUUUGCCGUCUGGGAACUGCUAGCCCUCCCGAGGGGCCCAAUGCGCCGCGAGACUUUAUUCCAUCUUGAGGAAUACGCGAUGCCGGUCAUGCAAUAUAUCAAAGUGAACAGAGAAGCCAGACGGGAAAUUCUACGGGGACGCGAAGUCUGCAUAGUGGAAUUGACUUUUGGUUCGAAGCCCAUCUUCGUCAAUUGGGAGUUGGAUUUAUUUGAAUUUUACCCCUUCGCGCCGCUGUAUGCUGGAUACGGUGAAGACUUCAUGAAUAAAAUCAGAAACAUCGCGUUCAUGGUUGGAAGUCCCAAGUACCGGUACGGCGUUCCUAAUGCUGAAAGACGCAGUGUAUUUGGUAUAGAUGGACUUUGGAGAAUGGAUCAGCACCAACCCUCACAACUAUUUGCGUCGGUCAAAAAAGUCGUCUAUCUCGUAGGCAAGAGCAGUUGUCCCUACGUCCUUAGAGAGUCUUCUGAAGGGGUCUUCAAAUUUUGCAGCUGGGCCGAGGGGGAAUAUACAAUCCAUCCAGACAGCCCAGCCCUGAGACUGAACGAGUACGGGCUUCACACGAUCGAACCGACAGCCUACAAUUAUAACGAUUGGUGCGACUCUGUAAUGUUGCGGUCGGAAGAAGGACCACUAAUGGAGAUUCCCUUCGUCGAGUGGUUCGAUAUAGCAUCUCAAGAAGCAACUAUGUCUAGACUUCCGGAGAUGAUUGGACAUGAAGUUGAGUUUCAAAUGAUGAUGUAUUAUAAGGAACCCGAAUACUGGUACCAAGGGCGGCCCGAUCAUGGGCUUCCGAGGCGGGGAGAGGUUUGGGAGACUGGGACUGGGAGGGUCUGGUAA